GUAUCGUACUCUGGCGUACAAGACCAUACUUUAUGGGCCACUUCUGUGAGCGAACGGACUUUUCUGGAGGACGUGGGGGUUCCGACUCCUUGACGGAAAAUGCCGAAUAAAGGGAAAAAAGAUAAGGAAUCUUCCAAAUCGGGAAAAUCAAGCAAAUCUGGACACAAAAAUGGCCAUUCCACCUCUGACAAUGAGGGUGCUAAUAAGAAGAGCGUGCAGCCGCCCACCGCCCAGCUAUUGAGGGUGAAACACGGCUCCAACACCGCAGCCAGGAAGGACAGGAGACUAAGUGCUUCGGUCUUCCCCAUCAGCGUCAACAGGGAGCUGCAUACGCUGCCUGCCAUUAAAGACUGUGCUCCGGCAGAGCAGGAGAAGCUGUUCGUGCAGAAGUUGCGUCAGUGCUGCGUGCUCUUUGACUUCCUGUCGGACCCGCUAAGUGACCUGAAAUGGAAGGAGGUGAAGCGGGCGGCGCUCAGCGAGAUGGUGGAAUACAUCACCCACAACAGGAACGUCAUCACAGAACCCAUCUACCCAGAGGUGGUGCACAUGUUUGCGGUGAACAUGUUCAGAACGUUGCCUCCGUCGUCCAACCCCACAGGGGCCGAGUUCGACCCGGAGGAGGACGAGCCGACGCUGGAGGCAGCCUGGCCCCACCUGCAGCUUGUCUACGAAUUUUUCCUUCGGUUUUUAGAAUCUCCCGACUUUCAGCCCAAUAUAGCAAAGAAGUACAUAGACCAGAAAUUUGUGAUGCAGCUUCUAGAUCUGUUUGACAGCGAAGACCCACGGGAGAGGGAUUUCCUUAAAACCACUCUCCACAGGAUAUAUGGAAAGUUCCUGGGCCUACGGGCCUACAUCAGAAAACACAUCAACAAUAUAUUUUAUAGGUUUAUCUAUGAGACUGAACACCAUAAUGGAAUAGCAGAAUUACUGGAGAUCCUCGGAAGUAUAAUAAAUGGGUUUGCCUUACCACUAAAAGAGGAGCACAAGAUUUUCCUUUUAAAGGUCCUGUUGCCUUUGCACAAAGUCAAAUCACUUAGUGUCUACCAUCCACAGCGUCUCGUUUCCUCCCUCCGGCAGCUGGCUUACUGUGUGGUGCAGUUUCUAGAGAAGGACAGCACUCUCACUGAACCGGUGGUCAUGGCUCUUCUGAAAUACUGGCCCAAGACGCACAGUCCCAAAGAGGUGAUGUUCCUCAACGAGCUGGAGGAGAUCCUGGACGUCAUCGAGCCGUCCGAGUUCGUCAAGGUCAUGGAGCCUCUGUUCAGACAGCUGGCCAAGUGUGUGUCCAGCCCACACUUCCAGGUGGCGGAGAGGGCGUUGUACUACUGGAACAACGAGUACAUCAUGAGCCUGAUCAGCGACAACGCCGCCAAGAUCCUCCCCAUCAUGUUCCCGGCACUCUACCGCAACUCCAAGACACACUGGAACAAGACCAUCCAUGGCCUGAUCUACAAUGCUCUCAAGCUCUUCAUGGAGAUGAACCAGAAGCUGUUCGAUGACUGCACGCAGCAGUUCAGGGCUGAGAAAAACAAGGAGAAGGCCAAGUCAAAAGAACGGGAGGAGGCCUGGAUUAAGAUCGAGAACCUCGCCAAAUCCAACCCACAGUUACACCCGAGAGAGCAGAGGAACGACCAGCCUAUAGCAUGGCACAAGUCGGAUCUCCCUCAGGACAUCUACACCACAAAAGCCUUGGAGACCCAUCGCCACGCCGACGACAUGAUCACAACCCAAGAUGGGCUCUAGGUCUGCCCCUCUAUUGUCCAGUCCCUUCGGAGGUUCUCUUCGCCCCCACCCUCAUUCUCUGGCCCACUCUGGCAUUGGUUUCCACGCCGUCGCCAGUAGACCUCCCCUCUCUCGAAUUUCUGCUUUCUCAGGUGUUUCUUUUCAGGAGGGGUAAUGCCGCCCCCCCCCCCCCUCCCCCAUUGUCUCAUUUUCCACUGAAAUCCUAUUACGUUAAGACGCUGUGUCAUCACUGUUUGAAUGAAAACGGGCAGGUUCUGUCCCGCGUGUGACUCGACGAGCCCCAAUGACCCUCCACUGGGUGGAAUGCACAACGAACAGCGCAGAAACUGAAUGGGGGACCGCUCGUGUCUUCUGUGGUUUCCGGUCAAGGGGAAACCAAACCAAGGAAAGAAGUGGCUGGACGGAGGGAGAGAGAUGAUGAAUGGAUCUACUUUCCGGAUAAUUUGCUUUGUUCAAACUCCAGUUUUCUUUCAUUUAUUCCCAGGGAAAUCUGCCAGUGCCAAGACCGUCUGUGUUCUUUUUUUGUCUGUGGUUUUCACUCUGUGUGAUUUUUAACAAGGACGACUAGCUAGGUAAACCAACUGGGUCAUUUGCCUUUGCUUAUUUUUGGCCUCAGACUUUUUUUUUAAAGGUAUUGUUUGAGUGGGGCAGUCUUGUUUUUUUUGUUUUUGUUUUAUUCUUGUAUAAUUUUUUUUUUUUUUACUGUAAAGGUAGUAUUUGGAAGGGUGGGGUCAAAGGGCAGUAGGCCGAUAUGAACACUUUCCAACUCGUACAUAUGCGCUGGGGUCAGCAGUUUAGAUCGCUAGACCUCCCUCUGUAACAGACAACCCUCUGUAACAGACGCUGAUUUAUUAACAAUGCAUUUUUUGUUAGGCCGUAGUGCAACAAGAUAUUGUGGAUUGACUGAUCCACUCUGACGAGUUGUGACAGGAUUUGGGUUGGGGGUGGUUUCUGUGUGGACACUGGAUGUUUCACGCUCUACAGUUGUGCCAUACACUUUGUCUUAUUUCCUUUCUCAUACUCUAUUAUUGAUGUCCAGUGGCAAUAUGUGAGCCAGAUCACGCCGAAACAUUGACAGUUCAAACAAUGGUACUUUAUUAUUUUAUAGAGAAAAAAAACAUAGUUAUUUUAGUCUGAAUCCUGGUUUGUCGCAACCAAAAAUGCACCGCUUGGUCACUUCUAAUCAGUCCUUAAUGCAUAUGUGGAUUUAUACACACACUUCCACAGUUGUCACUGCUUUUGGGGCGCUUUAUCCAAUUGUGAAUUUUACCUGAGGAUACAUGUGGUUAGAAAUCAUGGCAUAGCUGGUAACGCCUGGUGACGUGACCAAUCUAGGAACGUUUUUAACCUAAUUCACAACAACCGGCCACAAGUAGGCAUCGUUUUUUUUAAGGAGGUUGCGAUCAAGAGGGGUGUAACAGAAUUACGCAUGAUGUCAAAACGUGUAGUCACUUGGGGUGCGGGGUAGUUUUUAUGUCGAUGCCGCCGACGGACUGCAGAGUAGUCUGUCUGAAACGCGAGUCGUGUCCUCGCAGCUCGGGAGCCUGUUGCUAGUCAAGCAUUGUCCCCAGUUCGUUCCAGAGGUACCCAUGGUAUCACACGUUGCAGGACGCCCUGGGCACUCUUCACUCCAGCCCCCAUGUUCUCUGCGGUGAGUUCCCAGAAACGCUGGUCUGCUUCGCCGCGUAGCUGAAAGGACUGGGACUCGUCUUGUGCGAGGCGAGAAACGGGGAAAACAUUUCUUACCUUCCUUAAGACAUCUCUUGUCAAAGACAUCAGAGUGCCUUUUAUCAAAUGGUGAAGUAUUAAAUUAUUUGCCCGGUGAGCAGGACAGCGAAAGUGAUGGCUCAGUGAGCAUCGUUUGUGUCGUUCCCAUUAAUAUAGUGAUUCACUGGCAGGUCGGCGUGGCAACGCUAGAGGCUGACGCUGAUGUGAGGUAGAGACCGGAGAUCCCUUGUGCAAGUGGACUACUCCUGUAACAAGCGAAGGAAACUGCCUGAAAAGCACUUCCUGAAGACUGUGACGUUUGUGUAUCUUCAAUGAAGCUCUGUUUGUGCGACGUCUUCAGCCUUCUCCAGUCAUUAGGCGGUCCAGUCCAGUAUGGCUUUGGCCGUCUUGUAAAUGUUAGUGGCUGUCUGUUGUACCAUUGUUUGAACUUGCAAAUCUAGCAUGGGUAUCCGACCUGUAAUGAAUUCUGUUUUGUCUUGCCCCGCUACCUGGCAGUCUGAAUGCAAGCUUUAACAUUGUGGCUGCCAGUGGAUAGGGCCCAUGCUAAAAUGGACUGAUAUCUAGGUCUGACUUGGUGACUUUAUAAGUAAUAUUUGCUAGAAUGCGAAAUGCGUAAAUUAUACUACCAUGUUAGACCAGUGUCUUUUCCCCUAGAAGAAUGACACUCACCAAAAAAAUUUUUUGCCCUAAACCAAUUGAUUUUCUUUGGUAUAACUGUAUUGAUUAGAGAUUUUAUCACUUCGCUUUUUAUUUGUGUUAAAACUGUUGUAGUUUUUUAAAUUGGGGACAGAUGAAUUACCCGUGUGACAAGAUACACAGAGAAAAAAAUAUUUUGCUGACUGUUUUUCAAAAUGAUUUGCUUGACCUCGUAAUUUUGCAGGUUUUUAGUUGAACAUGUACUUUCCAGAAUAUAAUAACUUGACAAGUGUCCUUUUGUCUGUGACCUGUACUAUAUGGCUUCAUUUAAUAUUGUACAUAUGAUUUACUUUGUUUUAUGUAGUGUUAUAUCUAGAUUAAUUUUGUACAAAAUUGUCCUAUGUACAGAAUAAAAACAUCAUUAGCAACAAGUCAAUGUGGCACAUACUUUCUUUUACCUGUAAUUGUCUAAAUUAUUAGAAAUAUUGAGUCUGUUUUAAUUUUUUUUUUUUUAUAUUCCAAAUACCUGUAACUUGGUUUCAGUCCGUAGCCUUCUGUGUGCUUUUAUCACAGUCUCGAGUGGUGUACAUCAAUAUAGAAUUAAUAAAAAUAUUUGAAUUUAUAUUUUCAACCAUA